AUGGCCUCCGUCGCCGAUCAAACACCGGCCUCCACCGCCGCCGCCGCCGCCGGUCUGCAAGAAAAGGCCACCGCAUCCGGCCCGCUCAAGACGCCCAUCGCCCUCCCAGUCCCGGCCUCCUCCACCCCGGCCGUCCCGACCCUCACCGCAGACCAACAGACCAAAUACGACGGCCUUCUCGCCCAAGCCCGCGCCUGGACGGAAGUCAAAUGCACCACCGCCGCCCACGUCGCCAAAUCGGGCCCCCUAACCGACUCGGAGCGCCAGUGGCUCACGCGCGAGUGUCUCCUCCGCUACCUCCGCGCCACCAAAUGGUCCCUCAAGGACGCCGAGAAGCGUCUCCUCGAGACCCUGGCCUGGCGCCGCGAGUACGGCGUCGAGGCCCUCACCGCCGACCACAUCUCGCCCGAGAACGAGACGGGCAAGCAAAUCAUUCUCGGCUUCGAUAAGGAGCGCCGCCCCUGCCACUACCUGAACCCGGGACGCCAAAACACCGACCCGAGCCCGCGCCAGGUCCAGCACCUCGUCUUCAUGCUCGAGCGCGUCAUCGACAUCAUGCCCGCCGGCCAGGAGAAGAUUGCCCUCCUCAUCAACUUCAAGACGUCAAAGAGCCGCGGCAACACGGCGCCCGGUCUCGGACUCGCCCGCGAGGUGCUGCAUAUUCUCCAGACGCAUUACCCCGAGCGUCUGGGCAAGGCCCUCAUUAUCAAUGUCCCCUGGAUGGUCAACGGCUUCUUCAAGCUCAUCACCCCCUUCAUUGACCCCAUGACCCGUGACAAGCUCAAGUUCAACGAGGACAUGCGCCAGUACGUGCCCGAGGAGCAGCUGUGGACCGAGUUUAGCGACGGCAAGCUCGAGUUCGAGUACGACCACUCCGUCUACUGGCCCGCCCUAAACGGCAUGUGUAAGGAGAAGCACGACGCCCGGACGGCCCGCUGGGUCGCUGGGGGAAAGCAGAUUGGUGAGUCGGAAGACUACCUCGGCGGUGCCGUCGAGAAGGGCGUCGGCGCGGAGGCUGCUGCCCCGGCUGCUGCUGCUGCUGCUGCUGAAGCUGCUGCUGAAGCUGCUCCCGUCCCAGCUGCGGCCGAGACACCUGUCGAGGUUAAGCCCACUGCAUAG